CACAUAGAGAGGGAGAGAUGACCUACCCUACCACAAUUGCCGCCUUGCAGAAAGACAUCGACUCGCAGCAUCAAACAAGCAAACCUCGAGGCACGCGUGUUUGUAGCCAACCUCCCCCUACGACCUCCAGAUUAGCAGGACUGGUCAUAUUCCCACCAUCACCUCCCUAUCCUCCUCCUCUUCCUCCGCACCGCGUAAGAUGAGGCAGAAAGGUGUCGGAGGGAGGGGGCAAAGAACAGGUAUCCUUCUAGUCGACUACGUAGUGGCAUUCGUAUUGCCGUGGCUUCAAGGGCAGGUGAGACGUAAGAAGACGGCCCUGACCUGUAUCUACCUAUCACAAUCGAACAACAACAACCUGGUUGGUGGCCAGAGGAAAGCAGAACAAAAAAAAUACAAGACGGGAGGGGAAUGGACAGUGAGGUAAAAUGAGAGAGGAUAACGGAGUCGAGGGAAAUCAGGAAUGAUGCAGGGCAGACCGGUCUGGACAGGCAGACCACCGCAGGAACAGGACACCUCUGUCCCAUGAGAUGAUGUUUCGGGUGCCUUAGCUACCGCACAACUUGGAUGUGGGUGGUCUAGAAACUGAUCUAUGACUUAAUAUUUCCAGAAUUUCCUGCUUGAUUGUAUCAUCU